AUGACAUACAACACCCACCCGUUCCAGCUGCUAGAGAUCAACGUGAUCUCGGCGCAGGACCUGGCGCCCGUGUCCAAGUCAAUGAAGACGUACGCGGUGGUGUGGGUCCACCCGGAGCGCAAGCUGAGCACCAAGGUCGACCAGGGAGGCAACACCAACCCUCAAUGGAACGAGAAGUUCGUCUUCCGCGUCGACGACACCUUCCUCAAUGCCGACACCUCCUCCGUCAUGAUCGAGAUCUACGCCGCCGCCUGGCUCCGCGACGUUCAGAUCGGCUCCGUCCGCGUGCUCAUCAGCAACCUCUUCCCCUCUGGCAACCAUAACAACCACAACAACAACAACGCCAAGAUGCGGUUCGUUGCGCUCCAGAUCCGACGUCCCUCCGGUCGCCCCCAGGGGAUCCUCAACAUGGGGGUGCAGCUCCUGGACAACACCAUGCGCUCCAUGCCGCUCUACACCGAGCUCUCCGCAUCGGGCGUCGGCCUCAACGACCUUAUCGACGCCAAGGCCUCUGCGGGGGCAAAGAAUCUCGAGGAGAAGACCGCCAGGCUCCGCCGCACCAAGAGCGACCGCACCGACCUUACCUCCACUGAUCACGACACCAAUGCCCCCCGCGCCCGCGGCUACGGCAGCAGCUCUAUGGUGGGGCCCAGCACUGGUGGCGGUGGUGGCUCCUUGGUCAACUCCUCCAUUGUACCCAGUAAUAAUAAUAAUAAUAAUAAUAAUAAUAAUAAUAAUGGCAAUGGUAACGGGAGCAUGGUGAACGGUGGGUCCCAGUGCUCCGACGUGGGGCCGUCGGCAUCGGUGGUGGCGGCAGCGAUUGCGCAGGGGUUGAUCAAGCCGCCAGCUGGCCACGGGGAUGCGGGGAGCUCCGUGCUGGAGGAUUGGACGGAAAACGACAGCGUAGAAGGGCUGAGGACGAAGCUGGAGAGGUGGAGGACGGAGCUUCCGCCGAUCUACGACACCGACGUCAAGAAGAUGCAGUCCAGGAGCAGAAGGAAGGGGAACCACCAGCGGCGGAAAUCGGAAGGCACGAGGUUAUUCUCCUGCUUCGGGAAUGCAUGCGGCUGCGAGAUCACCAUCACGUGCGGCGGAGGUGGAAAGAAGAAGAAGAAUGGAGCUAAUGGGAAUAAGCACGGUGGUCGACAACACUCCAGCUCUGUUGACAGCCAAUCCUAUUUUUAA